UGGAUGUUAUUUAAUGUUCUCAAUGUGGUAGUAACAACGUUUUAUUGGUGGAGAUUGUAAGCAAAUCGUGAAUCAGCCCUGAGAAUAUGGCUUUAAAUGUGUUCGACCAUGAUGAGUACAGGCCGCCUGUCUGGAAGUCCUACCUUUACCAGCUCCAGCAAGAGGCUCCCCACCCUCGUAGAGUCACAUGCACCUGUGAGGUGGACAGCAGACCCAAGCACUAUGGCAGAGAGUACCAUGGUAUGAUUUCCAGAGAGGAGGCAGACCAACUGCUCAGCGUUGCAGAGGGGAGCUACCUCAUCAGAGAGAGCCAACGACAACCUGGAACCUACACACUGGCCCUACGAUUUGGGAACCAGACCAGGAACUUCCGCUUGUACCACGAUGGGAAACACUUUGUGGGGGAGAAGAGGUUUGAGUCCAUCCAUGACCUGGUGACAGAUGGACUCAUAACCCUCUACAUAGAGACCAAGGCUGCAGAGUACAUUGCCAAGAUGACCAUCAACCCCAUCUAUGAACAUGUGGGCUACACAACUCUGAACCAGAGCCUGGAGGGCAGCCUGAGGAGGCCGGACCCCACCCUGCAGCCCCCCGACACACCUGAUUGUCCUGCGGAAGGGGGAGAUGCCACGGAUGAGAGGCUGACGUCGCUGGUGAGACGCGCCACGCUGAGGGAGAGCGAGCUCAUGGCCAAAUAUGAGAAGGUCCACAACUUCAAGGUGCACACCUUCCGAGGGCCCCACUGGUGUGAGUACUGUGCCAACUUCAUGUGGGGGCUGAUCGCUCAGGGAGUCAAAUGUGCAGACUGUGGCUUGAACGUCCACAAGCAGUGUUCCAAGAUGGUCCCCAACGACUGCCAGCCCGACCUGAAGCAUGUGAAGAAGGUGUACAGCUGUGACCUCACCACGCUGGUCAAGGCCCACAACACUAAAAGGCCCAUGGUGGUGGACAUGUGCAUUCAGGAGAUAGAGGCCCGGGGGGUGGAGUCAGAGGGUCUGUACAGGAUAUCAGGGUUCAGUGAGCUGAUAGAAGAUGUGAAGCUGGCUUUUGACCGUGACGGAGAGAAGGCAGACAUCUCAGCCAAUGUGUACGAAGACAUCAACAUCAUCACUGGAGCCCUGAAGCUGUACUUCAGAGACCUGCCCAUCCCUCUUAUAACCUACGACGCCUACCCCCGCUUCAUACAGGUUGCACAGAUCACAGAUGCUGACAAGCGUCUGGAGUCCCUCCAUGAAGCCCUGAAGCUGCUACCUCCUGCCCACUGUGAGACCCUGAGACACCUAAUGGGCCACCUGAAGAGGGUGACCCAGCAGGAGAAGCAGAACCUGAUGAGUGCUGAGAACCUGGGCAUCGUGUUUGGCCCCACCCUCAUGAGGGCACCAGACCUGGAUGCCAUGACGGCACUCAACGACAUCCGCUACCAGAGGCAGGUGGUGGAGUCUCUCAUCAAGAACGAGGACAUCCUUUUCUGAGCCCAGAAACGGAGAGCGACGCCAGCGCCGAAGAAAACAUCACCGCAUCACAUCCUGUCCAGACCUCCCACUCCUCCGGGGAGUCAGAAGGGAUGGCUCUGACGCCUUCUAAUUCCUAUGUUGUUUUGUUCUAAGGAGAAGGUUGGGGGUGGGGGGGGGGGGGGGGGGGGUGGUCAGGCACAAGUAAAUGUUCCCCUUAUGUCUGACCCCUGUCCGGACGGUGAGGAGUAAAUGAUUGGACCUGUAUUCUCUCAUGACCAGAGGACCUGAAGGAGGGUGAUGAUGCUAUGCUAAAGGAGACACGCACAUGCAGUAUUAGAGAAGGGACAUGAAGGAGCACCAUAUGAAGGACUCUCGCUGAUGUUUCUCAUUCACCAUUGACACCACUGAGCCACCUAGGGACCUGCAUCUAAUAUAGAAUAACAUGUUCUUGCUGUAGGUGUUCUUUGUUUUUGUUUUUUUUUACGACCGUUUGUUUUUGUUGAACUUGAUUUUUUUCAGUUUUAGUCCAUUUUUCUACGUGCUAACUUUUUUGCAGGGAGGGUUGAGAGGUAAGACCUCAGACUGAAGCUAUUCGAGGACUUUAAGGCCACACUCCAACCCCUCUUGCACACUACAAGACCUGGCUGUUGAUGUAAUCAUGGUUGUAAAGUAUUUUCUGAUUUCUGCAUGUUAAGAUUAAAUUAUUAAACAUGGCUUUUGACUAG